AUGGUUGGAGAAGGUCGGCUGCAGUCGCAAAUGGUCGAAGCUGACCGGAAAAUGGGAACGGAGCAGGGGUGCCAAAUAAGAUCAUUGGCCAAUGUGAUAGGCACUACAGGUUUUAUUACAGCACAGGGUCGUGAAGGUCCAAAUGAAACUACUGGUUUUGUUUUCAAAGAUUGUCAUGUAUAUGGAUCAGGCACUUCAUUUCUUGGAAGAGCAUACAGAAACUACUCGAGAGUACUGUUUUCCGGGACAUACAUGGAAAACGUUGUUGCGCCGGAGGGUUGGUCGCUCUGGACACCACCGCAGAUUAGUUUCGCGGAUUCAAUCAUAUUCGCGGAGAAUAACUGCAGUGGACCUGGAGCAGAAAUGUCCCAUCGUGUUCCAUGGGAGAAGAAGUUAUCGAAUGAAGAAUCAAAAGUCCGUUGCAACCUGCUAACAAAUAAUAUGGAGUCUCUCAUAACAACAAUACUACUCUCAUUGCUGGCUCUCUUCUAUUUCUUGUCUAAAUUGGGUUCAUGCUCUCAUGCAAUGAAAUUUGAUCUAACUGAUGAGGUAUCACGCACCUUUAAAGUGGAUAUGAAGGGCCACGGAGAUUUUAGAACAGUGCAAGAAGCCAUUGAUUCCAUCCCUUCAAAUAACUCUUGGUGGACUCGAAUCAUUCUUAACCAUGGUCUUUACUUUGAAAAAGUGGUAAUUCCUCAAGAGAAACCAUACAUUAUUCUUGAAGGACACCCUAAGUUUCUUACUGCAAUUGAAUUUGGGGAUUUCGGUAGUGUUGGAAAGAGUCCUACAUUUACGUUACUUGCUGAUAAUUUUGUGGCUCGGAAUAUAUUAUUCAAGAAUUCAUAUGACCAUCUUAUUAAAGAGGAUCCCAACCGGAGAACUACUUGGGCAGUUGCUGCUAAAAUUGUUGGAGACAAAGCUAGUUUUUAUCACUGUGGCUUCAUUAGCUUGCAAGAUACACUCUGGGAUGCCAGAGGUCGUCACUAUUUUUAUGAUUGUGAUGUUCGUGGUGCUAUAGACUUUAUCUGGGGCAAUGGCCAGUCAAUCUAUGAGAAAUGUCAGAUAAUGUCUUUGAGCAAAAUAAUUGGCACUACUGGUUAUAUCACAGCUCAAGGUCGUGAAGGUCCAGAUGAAACUACUGGGUUUGUAUUCAAAGAUUGUUACGUAUGCGGAUCAGGCACUGCUUUUCUUGGAAGAGCAUACAGAAACUACUCAAGAGUCUUGUUCUCAGGGACGUAUAUGGAAAAUGUUAUUACCCCGGAGGGUUGGUCCCUUUGGACGCCACCCCAAAUUAGUUAUGCGGAUGUGAUCACAUUCUCGGAAGCGAAUUGCCGAGGACCUGGAGCAGAUUUGUCCCGUCGUAUUUCAUGGGAGAAGAAGCUAUCGGAUGAGGAAGUGAUUAGUUUAACAAAUACAGCUUCUUUCAUAGACCAAGAUGGCUGGUUGGGAAAGCAACCCCGCGCGUUAAGUCGACCUUUAUAA